AGAAUCCUGAAGGACCUGGCAAAAACCAAAUGUCGCCUCACCGAAACGAGCGAAACGAGCGAAACGAGCCGACCUCUAAUUAAAAUAUGCGAGAGAGGAGACCCGAAAAAGGCCCCAAAUUAAAAAAAAAAAAAAAAAAAAAAAAAUGCAUCUUUCUCCGAGAACCUUUCCAGUCAGAUGCUCGCCCUCCGCCGCAGCAGCUGCGCACUUCGCAUUCUCCUGCUUCGUCCAAAGCCGCAUGGAUGUUAAACCCUGCGCCCUCUCCGGCGACGGCAGUGCCCCCUUGACCUCCGCCGCUCGCGCGCCUCCGCGGCACGUCCACGUGAGCGGCGAAGACGGAGACGCCGCCGCGAAGGGCGGUCCCGUCUCGCCGCAAGAAUGGCGGGGGUGGGGGUGCGCGUCCCCGGUGCCCGCCGUGGUCACCGAGGUCAUCGAGGACCUGAAGCUCUUGGAGGAAGACAUGGACGCCCCCCUGAGCUUCGGCGGCAAGGGCGGUAAACUCCAGGGCGAGUUCAAAGUGAAAGAGGACAAGAAGCACAGAGCAAAAUAUCAGGCAUUAGGUGACUCAGAGAAGAAACUUCAAUUCUUUGCUGCCCGACAGAUAGCAUGCCGUUUGCUUGGAAGCAGGAACUACCUUUGCCAAAAGUGCUGGCUUCCUAUGGAAGAUUGUAUGUGUUCAAAAGUACUUCCCUGUUCUCUGUGGCAUGGUAUGCGUUUCUGGGUGUAUAUGCAUCCCAAGGACUUUCUGAGACAAAACAACACUGGGAAGUUGCUAUGGCAAUUGUUUGGAGUCCAAGCAGCAACUUUGUGCCUCUUUGGAGUUGCUGAAGACGAAGAGAUCAUGUGGAAUACCUUCAAACUUGCAGGGAAGAGUAGGGUUUGGUGCCUCUAUCCCAAUAAGAGUGCUCUGACUGAAUCUGUACAGGAUACAUUCAGCAGGGCACAAUUCCAGUCAGAGAGGGCUUCCAUUACUGAGAAAAAUGAAGAUAGAAUUUUGAAUUUUGUUCUAAUUGAUGGUACAUGGAGUAAUUCUGCUGCAAUGUUCCAGCGUUUAAAGGAGCAAGCAAAGAUCGUUUGGGGGGAAGAUGAUCUUCCUUGUAUAUCUCUCGCUACUGGUGCAUCUGCAAUGCACAAGCUCAGGCCACAGCCUUCAUGGGAUCGUACCUGCACAGCUGCUGCAGCCAUUGCCCUCAUGUCUGAGCUACAAGCUGUUCCAGAUUUUAGCUCCUAUGGUUUGGAUAAGCAGGCUGAAGCAGUGGAAGAUGCCUUGCAAAUGUUAUUAGAAGCACUCACAGCUCGACGCCUUCGAAUGGGCAGGUCCAUCACUCGUAAAGUGAGGCACACCAGUGAUAUCUGCUAGUAUCCAACUAACAAGUAAUUUGGAGCAAUGGGAGGAAGCUUCAAACUAAUGAGGUAAUCUGAUGUUCAACUCAUGCUUGGAAACUUAAGGCAAGGAACACAGAUUGAACAUAUCUUUCGCAUAUUUUCGAAUGAAAUUCUAUCCGGUUCCUGAUUGUGGAUCCAUAGGCUGACAACUCAUAUCAGCAUACUGUAGUCAUGUUUUAGUUUAAGCUAUGCCAGCGCCCAGCAGUACCAACCAUAUAUUUUGUCAAACAUAUUAAACGGGAGUUCCUGGAAAAGCAUGCCAAUUUUGGCAUUAAGAUGUUGUCUUGAGUAAUCUUCUGGUUCUUUCUUUCUAUUUGUACUCUGGAUGGUCUCAUGGUUGUUGUGCUUAAAGUCACCUUCCCUGUUGUCACAAUGGCCUAAAAAAGGCCUAAAAAGAGCUUGUAUUUGUGUACAGUCCAAUACAAGCUGUGUUACACCUUUAUUUCAA